AACUGGAUUCAAAUAUUUCGUAACAUUUAAAAACCAGGAAAUUGUUGACAUGUGCCUAAAAUGUUGGAAGGACUUGUUGCUUGGGUUUUAAAUAAUUAUCUUGGGAAGUAUGUGGAAAACUUGAAUACAGAUCAAUUAAGUAUUGCCUUAUUAUCAGGUGCGGUUGAAUUAGAAAACUUACCGUUACGUAAAGAUGCAUUACGAUUUAUUGGAUUGCCAACUGAAGUUCGUGCUGGGUUUAUUGGUAAAGUUAAAUUACAAAUUCCAGUACGACAAAUCCGUUCUGCGCCAUGGUCAAUUGUGAUUGAACAAUUAUAUUUAGUUGCUGGACCAGUUCGAUUAACAGAAUGGGAUAGUGAAACCGAAGAAUUAAUUAAUCAAGACUUGAAACAAGCUGCUUUAGAUGCAGGUGAAGCGAAAUGGAGAGCUGAAACUGAAGCUGCUCAACAAACUGGAUACUAUGCAUCAAGUUAUUCCUCAUGGAUAAAUUAUGGAACCGGUCUUAUGACAAAUAUUGUAGAAAAUUUACAAUUGAAAAUAAAAAAUGUACAUAUUCGAUACGAAGAUGAUAUGACAGUACCAAAUUAUGCAUUUGCUUGUGGUGUUACAAUUGAGUCAUUAUCAGCUCAAAGUUGUGAUUCCAAUUGGGUACCAGGUUUUAUGCCAUGGGAAGCUUCAACUGCAUCAUAUAAGUUGGUCGAACUUACUAAUAUGGCGGUGUAUUGGGAUCCAAUUCAACCAUCGGAAAUUCUCCUUGGAAACUUAGAAAUGGCAGAUUUAACGGCAAAAAUGAGUCAAAAAAAUUCGUCAAAACAUGUUUAUAUUAUGAAACCAGUAAGUGCGCAAGCUCGAAUUAAACGUGAUAGAAAUGAACAACCAUUAAGGUUAAAGUCAACACCAAGAAUUACCUCUGAUUUAUGUUUAGAAGAAGUUUCACUGUCGUUAGCAGAUUGGCAAUAUGAACAAAUGAUCCAUUGCAUUCGAGGAUUAGAUGAUAUUGCACGAAUACGAUGUUAUCGAUUAUAUCGACCAAAGUGCCCAAUCAAAGAAAAUCCACGUGCUUGGUGGAUGUAUGGAAUACGAAGUGUACUUACACCAAGCCAAUGCUUAAGAUUGUGUAAUCCACGGCCAACAUGGCAAAUGUGUUUAACACGUGCCAAAGAGAAUGUUAAAUAUGUGGAAAUUUGUAAAACUUUAUUUGCAACACCAACAAUUGUUUUAAGCGCGGAGGAUAAAUUAUUAAAGGAUCAAGUUGAAUGGAAUAGAGAUUUAGAUGAAUUACUAAUUUUACGUGAGAUUGCAAUGAGAAAAAUUCCAAUAUCACAAACUGCUUCAGCGCCGUGUACUAAAAGUGUUCUAGUACAAUGGUUCCCACAAUGGUGGGGUUGGUAUUCUUCGACUGCAUCAAAUGAUGAUAAAUCAGUAUCAAAUAAUAGCGGCAAUAGUACUAGUAUUAAAUCGGAAUUAGAAGAUGAAAUUUUAGAUGCGUUAGGUGAUACAUUCGAAAAUAAUACGUUACUAAAACGUGAUGUUGUUUUUGGACAAUUUAAUUUUACGCUUAAACAAGGAGUAUUUAAUUUAUGUUCAACUGCCGAUCCUACAGCAGAAAGAAUCUCAAUGAUGGAAUUACAAUAUGAAAAUGUAAAGUUAUCAUUCGAAACACGACCACGAAACGGUUCCCAUAAAUUUGAAAUAAUCUUAGGAUCAUUGUCUCUACAUGAUCGUAUAACUAAAGAUACACAAUUUCCUAUACUUAUUUCGCCCCAGGGUAAAGAACAAGGUCCCACUAUGUCAAGAGUGACAUCACGUGUGCUUAGUCCUCGCCUUAGUCGUAGUUCUUCUGCACACUCCGCAGCAAAUGAACCAUUAUUCGAAUUGUGUUACGAGAAUAAACCAUUUAAUUCAAAUUCGGAUUACAAGUUAAGAGUACGAUCUCAAUCAUUAGACAUUGUUUAUAAUCCUGGAGCAACUCAAUGGCUAGCGUCAUUUUUAGCUGGACCACAUCAACAUCGUAUUAAUUUACCAACAAAAUCUAAAAUUGGGGCGGAUUUUAUGAAAAAUUGGGAGCAUAUAUUGGAAGGCGAUCGAAAAAAUUUAGAUCGUAAAUCAUGGGAUUUAAAAUUAGAUAUAUCCGCGCCACAAAUUAUUAUUGUUGAACAGUUUACUGAUCGAAAUGCUGCAGUGGCUGUUGUGGAUUUUGGUCGUUUACAAUUAUGCAAUUCCGAAGAAGAAAAUAUAGGAGCUGCUGAGGUAAUCCCUCAUCCGCUUGUAGAACGAAGUGAAUCAGAAGAUGAAGACAAUUUUAUGACACCGUGUUCAACACCACCUGGAAGUGAGGCUAGUGAAUCAGAGCAAACAUCAAUCAAUACCCAAAUACCUGUUGCAAACGCAUCACCUUCAUCCAAAAUUAACGAAUUAUCUCUUCACCAAUCGCUUUACGAUCGUUACUUAGUUGAAUUAAACGAUAUGCAAAUUUUAGUAGGAAAAGUUCGUGAUAAUUGGAAAUACGCACAUACAAAGGGCACAUCAACUCUUCACGUCUUGGAUCGUUUUAAUAUAUUAUUUCAUAUUGAACGACGUGCUGUAAAAAUUUCGGAUCCAUUAUACCCAAAUUUAACGCUAAAUGCAAAUCUCCCAAAACUUGUUGUUCACAUAAACGAGCAAAAAAUUGCAACAAUUCGAAAAUUAUACAAUAUUAUAACAAUUACGGGUCUUCCAUCGCCACUUAAAAGUCCUGUCACAACCCCAGUAGAAAUUCAACCGGAGAAAUCGACAAAACAGGAUGACGAUAACAUGAGUGUAAGCAGUGAAAGUAUUACACAAGACACCACCAAUAUCGAAAUGUCACAACUAUUAAUGUUCCAAUUUUCGAUUGAUCAACUGGCAUUGGAAGUACAAUCAAGAGGCCGUAGCGUGGCCGAACUCCAAGUGGCUGGAGUUCGUGUUGCAUAUACAAAACGUGAUAUAGAUGCGACAAUUUCAUUGAGUGUGCAUGGAUUGCUGUUAGUCGAUGCCUUACAGACAUUUGGAGCAGAUUUUGAACUGUUGGUUGCCAGUCAUAAACAUGUCGGAAUGGAUUCAGUCUCAGGAAGUAUACGAGAUAGUGAACCUUGUAGUCCAUCAUCUCCAGCUUCUCCAGAUCCUACUUUAAUGAAACCUAAUGGCACUUCACCAAUAGCGUUGACGCAAGCGUUAUCAAAUUUAGCUACUGAUCCUCCUGGAAUUAGAGCAAUAUCACCCACAAGAAGUUUCGCCACAAGUCCUCCGCAUAUAGGAUCAGCUGAAUUAGUAAAAAAUCCAAGCUCGUUUACCGGUUUAGAUCAUUUAGAUGCAGAUGCAUUAAUAACCGUUGAAGUUUUAAUAAUAAACGGCUUAGAUCCGUUACAACAAGCGAAUAUACAAUUCAAUAAUUUGGAUAUAAUUGCAAAUCAAGAAACAAUUGUUGAGUUGGUUGGUUUUGUUCGUCGUGUAUUUCCAGAAUUUAAAUCAACAAAGCGAGCCGCCGAAUACACUACAAGUACUGAUUCAAUACAACAAAUGUCUCCAACUGUUUUAGAAGAGAACGAAUUUCGAACAAAUGAGCAGACACUAUCUCCACCACCGACAAAAACUGAGAUUAUAUUCGAUUUUCACAGAUUAAAUGUUUUGUUGCUACGAGCUGUGGUUAAAGAUGGCUGUUUACAUGGUCGAAAAGUUGCAACAGCUACGAUGAGUGAAGCACGAAUUCAAGCAACAGUUGAUUCAUCAGUAGUAGUUCAAGGUUCUUUAGGGGGUUUACAAGUACUUGAUUUAACUCCAGAAGGACAUAUGCAUCAACGGAUUGUAAGUGUCGGGAAAGAUCCUUUGGUAGAAAAUGAAAAUACGCGUAAAGAUUUAUUAGCAACAUUAAAUGCUGAUUUGUACAAAGUUGGAACGUAUCAUCAUGCACCGGUCGAUGAACGAGCUUUUAGUUUUAGUGUAAGGCGGUCACUACAAAGUGAAGAAGAAAAUGACAGAGCAGAAAUUACUGUGCGCAUGGCGUCUGUAUGGUAUACUCAUUCUACACAAUUCUUAAUGGAAUUACAGUCUUGUGCAUCAGAAUUUAAGCAAUAUCUUACACAUGUUGCCAAAUCUAUAAAGGCAGCUGCAACCGAUAUGGCAAUUGGUUUAGUUCGUGCCAGAACUGAAGCAUUAGCGCAAUCUCUUUACUUAAAUUCAAGAUUAUCAGCUUCGUUAUAUGGUGUUGGUCCGGCAGAUGUAACGUCUCCUCGUCGAAGAAAGCGAAGCUUCUCGCAAUCAUCCGAGAAUUCUUCAGAUUUACCUUCAGGAUAUGCAUCGUUAAAAGGAACAACACCACAUACUCCUUAUAGUCCCACUGAUGAUAACUAUGCAGUUAUUGAUAUAAAGUUAGAUGUUAUUUUCGAUACACCUGUGAUUGUAUUACCUCGAUCUGUAAACAGUUCAGAAGUAUUUGUGGCUCAUUUAGGAAAAAUUACUAUUAAUAAUAGUGACAAAAGUUUCAUAAAUGAAACCACAAAACCUUCAGAGGAAAAUAAUACAGACGGUGGUGAUGGUACACCUGAAAAUUCGAUGUGGAAUAGUUAUACAUCCAGAGUUGAAUGUUAUAAUGUUGAAAUUAAAGACAUGAAUAUUUAUUCACUAGAUAUAGCGAAACGAAGAACUAGUCAUUUGGAUAAUCAUUCAACUCUUAAUCGAGCUGAAGAAAUAUAUUCCUGUGAAAAUGCAGGAUCGCCAAUACUGCAUGACACUGUAUUACAUUUUACAGUCAAACGAAAGAUUCUUUUACCACAAGAAGGCUACUCUUCGGUACUGUUAGACGAUGCGAAUAGUGAUAGUACGUUGUUUGAGAAUCGUGAAUUAGAAAGUAGUGAAAGUAUUCAGUUAUUUGGUUGUGUCGUAACGCCGUUAAAAUUAUCACUAGCUCGAGCCCAAUAUGAACAAAUUUUGGACACUUUCCAAACAGUAAUAACAAUGCAGUCACAUCAAUUAUCAGAACAACGUGAUCCUAACUUAACAGGAUAUCGUAACAUAUCUAGUUUAGGAGAUAUCGCCGAAGAAGAAAACGAUGGAGUGACAUUGAGUAUGUACCCGUCAUUACGUGCCAAAAUGUAUAAUAAUGCAUUUGCAUCCAAGAAUAAAAUUGAUUAUCAAAAUUUUAUGAUGUUAAAAGUAUCGUUCAAGUUACCAGAAUGUACAAUUGAAUUGUGUGGUGACGUAGGAUCAGGAGACGAAGGUCUAGUAGAUUUAUCAUUUAGAGAUUUUAACGUAGAUUAUGAAAAAUAUCAUCGAUACGAAACUAACAUUCAGGUUUCAUUGCGAUCGUUACUAAUGGAAGAUCUCUCGAAACCACCCGAUUCAAAACAUCGUUGUAUGGUUAUUUCAUCAGAUGUAAAUGAACUACCAAAAGGACCAUGUUAUCUUUCAAGGUCAUGUCCUGAUUUACUGGCUAAUCCAAUUGUUCAAAGUCCAUCAAGAGGCUCGUUACCAGAUCAUUUAGAAACAGAAAAAGUUUUGGGUGUGGAUAUCCCACACACUAAACCUGUAUAUCCUCGAACGCCUCCACCAUCCCCGAAAUGUCGACAGCGACCACAUGAAAAUUUGGUAUUGAUUUCAACAUUAAUUGUUGAUCCAGCAUCACCCAAUUUUAAAACACAUUAUAAUUCAUUGCACAAAUCAACAUCGGUUGAUUUUAAUUGUUUGGAUUUGGUUGUAAAUGUUGAAUCAUGGGUGGUAGUUUUAGAUUUUUUUGGAGUGAAUUCGAAUAAUACUCCAAGUAGAAAAAUUAGUAAUACUUCGGAUAAAUUUCAACAGUCUACAGAAUCGUUAGAAGAAGAAUUACCCCAAGGAAAUUCAGAAUUAGCAGUUGAAGUACGAUCAUUAACUUUGGUUUUGACGCAACCAGAACGUGAAGUAGCUAAAGCAAAUAUUUCUCAUUUAUCUCUAAGUAUUGUAAAUCGAGGAAAUGAACAGUAUGGAGAAAUGAGUCAGUUAGCAGGUUUACAACAACGUAGCGUCUCGGGACGAUUAGGUUCAAUGUCUUUAAUAGACUUAACAUCCCAUGGAAAUUUAUAUAAAGAAAGAUUUAUAAGUGCUGGAGAACAAGCACUAAAUUUUAAUUAUGUCAAAUUAAAUGAAAACGAAGCCGAAUUCUCCGAUUAUGAUGCUCAAUUAAAUUUAGAAAUGUCUUCCGUUUUUUAUGUUCAUACAAAACGAUUUUUAAACGAAUUACAAUCAUUUUUUAAUCAUUUCGAUCAAUUACAAAGUGCAAUGAGUAAUAUUCGUGCAGCAACACGACAACUUGAAGAGACUGAAAAACCAAAACAAAGAGGAACAAGAUUACUUUUAGAACUGUACGCUGGUUCUCCGGUUAUUCUAUUACCAGUAUCCUCACGAUCAACAGAAAUAUUAGUUGCGGAUUUGGGAAAAUUAAAAGUGAAAAAUAAAUUUUGUUUGGCUGGCAGUAAAGGCACUAUCAGUGUUUUAAAAAAUUCUCUAGAAAAUUCAAAAUGUUUAUUAAAUGUAAUGAUGAUUGAUUUAGUUAACAUGGAUAUAUUCGCAGCGAAACGUGAACCAAUUGAUUAUUGUAGCCCGUCACGAGUUUGUGGGAGUAACACUUCCUCAAAAGUAUCAAAUACUUAUGUCCGAUUUGAAUUAGGUGGAUAUCGGGUUGUUAAAGUUGGACCUUCUUUGCUCACUGAAAAAUGUCAUUUAAAACUUCAAGUAGAACGAAAUUUAGAUUAUUUUGUUAGUCAUGACGUUGCUGACAUGAGUAUUCAUGGUACUCUUUCCACACUGGAUGGAGCCUUGGAUUUGUCUCAAUACAAGUUAAUUCGAGGGCUAUUAGCAUUCAAUUUAGGUGAAGAUACAUCUGAUAUUUUAACGAUGGUUAAUCCUAACCAGUCUGCGGAUAUUGUGGAAGAACAAAAAUCGACUUCAAUGAGUGAUGUUUGGAAAGUUUGGUCUUUGCGACUCGAUUUAUUAAAUGUAACCGUAAGAUUAUUAACAAGCCAUAAUGAAUUACCAUUAGCAUCGAUUAAUUUUAUCAAAUCAAAAUUAACAAUUGAAACAUUCAGUGAUCAAACUGAAGAUAUUGACUUAAUAUCACAGGAAAUUCAAUUAAUCGAUUCACGAUUUAAUAAAAGGCCAGUAAAUAAACGUUCGAAUGUUUUUACAAAUAUCUUACAGCCUAUACAUAAUAUUACGCAAGGCGAUGAUGUUCAGGCAGAAAUUCAUAGUAGGCGACGUCCAAAUCAUCUAAAAUUCACAAUAUUAUUAAAUAAUAUACGAUUAAUGGCAAUUCUUGAUUGGUGGGAAGCAGUACGCGAUUUUAUUUUUGAACCACCUGAAAUGCCACAAAAGGCUAUGAUCAAGGAUUUUGUAUCAGAGAAUGAUCGAUCACAUCCACUGGCUCAAACAUCUGAGGAAGCUAUUCCGUUUGAAUUAAAAUUGAAUAUUACAGAUUCUGAAGUUGUAAUUGUAGAAGAUACUUCACAAUGGGAUACAAACGCUGUUAUUUUAAAGAGCACAACUGUUAUUUCAUACCGUCCUACAAAUAAGGAAAAACCGUUAUCGUGUAAUUUUAAUCACUGCGAAAUGUUUUCAUGUAUUUUGGGUAUGGAAGAAGAGACAGCUUUAUCCAUUAUUGAUCCUGUUACAAUUAAUAUGGAGGUGAAUAAGGAUCGUAUACUUGAGGUUCAAUUACAAAUUUUAAGUGUACGGUUGUCUUAUCAUGAUAUUAGAAUGUUUAUACAAAUGCUAAAUUCGAUAACGAAACAAACGCAAGGGGCCAAAUUAAAAACUGAAACGCCACCGGCAAACGCCAAAAGUGAAGUCGUAAAAUUAACAGCAUUAGGAUUCGAAACAGAAGAUUGUAUUCAAGCAUUAAAUCAAUGUAAAGGUCAAUUGGAUGAUGCAGCAUUAUGGCUAACACAAAAUGCCCAAGCUGUUGAUUCACCAAGCCAACUAAGUGGGAUUUCAAAAACUGAUACACCAUUUCAAAUAAUGGCCGUUGAAAUUAAAACAAGUGCUUUAUCGCUAUGUAUCAUUGAUGAUUGCCGUGAUUCAGAUGUUCCUCUCUUAGAGUUGUCUUUUACACAAUUAAAUAUACGACAAGCUGUUGGAGGAAAUGAAAGAAGUCAAAGUGCUGAUUGUUCUCCAUUGAGGAAAUUUGAUGAAGCUUCGUUUCGAAGUGGAGAUGGUUGGUUAGAAUGUAUUUUAGGUGGUUAUUAUUAUAAUCGUACGUUAUCUGGAUGGGAACCAUUUUUGGAACCAUGGAAAUGUGAAAUUGGAUGGGAAUACAGUUUAACAGCAUCGUUACAACGGAAUCGUUUACAACUACGAAUUCAAUCUGAUAAUUUGUUAAAUAUUAAUAUUACCAGUACAUUAAUCGAUCUAAUUAGCCAAGUAAAAGAUACUUGGAUUCAAGAUUAUUACAAUACAAAUAAAGAAACUACUGAAAACAAAGUAAUUGGAAGUCCACCCGGAUAUCGAAGACGAUCGCCUUUUGUACCGUUUGCAUUAAAGAACGAAACUGGUUCAAAACUUUGGUUUACAACAUUAACAAUAAACUCAGAUUAUACCGUCUACAGUGAGUGUAAGGGGCAAUUAUUACGUUUAGACGAUACCUGGAUUGAAGUACCAUCCGGAGAAACGGUACCAUUUACAUUUGGACGUAGAGAUAAAUUACGUCAUCGUGAUACACAUAUUUUAAAAAUUCAUCAGUUAGGGGUGAAAAUUGAUGGCUGGAAACCUACAGAUCCAAUAUCGGUAGAUAAAGUUGGUGUCUAUUUUCGAUAUGCUGAUCCUGAAGUUGUGAGAACUUCUGAUGUUCCAAAAGCAAAAAUUGUAUUUGCUGUUGCACUGGAAGGAUCUGCGCGGAAAUUAGUUACUGUACGUUCUGCGUUAGUUUUGACCAAUCAUUUGCCAGAUAUGAUUGAAUUGAAAAUGGAGAAUGCAUUUACUUCACAGUCAGGAUCAUUAGUUCCAUCCAGUAAAACAUUAUUCCUGGCAAGUCAAGCAAGUUUACCUUUACCAUUGACUCAUGUAUAUUCACAGAUAUUUCUACGUCCAAUUGAUUCAAAACAUGCGUAUAUGUUCUGUAAUCAACCAUUACGAUGGUCACAUGUAACCCGCUCUGAUGUUGUAGUACAAGAGCUACGAGAAUGUCGUAGUCAAAGAGAAAAUCCAUAUAGAUUUUGUGUAUUAAUUCGUCGUGAAAAUUACCCCGACGAUGGUAAUACUGCCAACUACAGUUGUAGUCGUUUUCAGCCAUCUCAUGUCUUAACCUUAAAACCACCGGUCUUAAUUUGUAAUCUUUUACCUUAUGAAUUACAUUUUAAUUUUCAUAGAGGCAAACGAGGGCGAAUUUUACCUGGUGAAAAUUUUUCAAUGCAUCAGAUCGAUUUGGAUCAUUUGAUGGAAAUAUCAUUUCACUUAGAUAAUUACCCCGGAACAGGAACUUUACUUAUCGCUCCAAAUUCAUCGAAUGCUACUUACCGCGUUCGGUUAGAAGAUCACAAUAAACGUAGACUAUUCUUAAAUGUGAACGUUACCAUGCUUCGAGGUUGUGGAAUUGAGAUUUCAGUUUCUGCUCCUUAUUGGAUUGUAAACAAAGCUGGAAUUCCAUUAGUUUUCAAACAAGAUGGAAUUUCAACUGAAACCGCUGGGCAAUUUGAAGAACAUGAAGUAGCUCGAAUGGUUGCACCAUUACUAUUUAGUUUGACUGAUCCUGAUUUAAAUCCAACAGUUGUAGCUCGAGUAGGAAGUGGUGUGUCCCCUUCUGGUACACCACAAUGGUGUCAUCGAUUCAAUUUACAACCAGGCGUACAAACAAGAAAAUUUCGAAUUACAUUUCGUGAUAAUAGACCGGAUAUUAUUUAUGUGUUGGGUGUUGAUGUACGAACAGGACGUGGGAAAUACCGUGACACAAAUAUUGUUACAAUUUCACCACGAUAUCAGUUACAUAAUAAAAGUUCAUAUCAAUUACAAUUUUCGCAGAAAUGUUUUGCAACCACUGUUAAAGAUCCAGGUGCACAAGCUACAUACUUACGAGCAGUACCAAAUUGUCAUAUGGCUUUUCAUUGGCCUCGUUUAGAACGGGAACAAUUGUUUUGUGUUCGAAUACUCGAUGUGCCUGAUUGUUGUUGGUCUGGUGGUUUAAAAAUAGAUUCGAAUUACUCUCUACAUCUUAAUAUUCGAGAUGUUAAUGGGCGGAUGUAUUUCUUAAGAUUAGAUGUCGUUCUACAAGCUGCUACAUUCUUCAUUGUUUUUACGGAUGCAGAUACUAUGCCCCCACCAAUUCGUGUGGAUAAUUAUUCUGAAGUUGUUUUGACCUUUGCUCAGACUGCUUGCAAAGAUACAUAUCGCUGCACUGCACGAGCUCAUUCAUCCGUUCCAUACGCAUUGGAUGAACCGAUUCAACCACCAUUUAUAACAGUAACCGCCCCUGGAGGAGUUUCAGCAAGCUACGAUAUGAAUAAAUUAGGCGAAGGUCGUCAAUUAACUUACGAAAAUUUCAUAUAUAUUGCUUUCACGGGAACUUUUAAACUAUCUCCAGCCGGCGAUCCAUUAAACAUUGAAUCACAACAACUGGUGUUAGAUGUUGGCUCUGGAGGUCGAAUUAUUUUAGCAAGAAAACAACCAGGUCAACGAUCACAAUUAUGGCGUAUGAGCAGUUCUGGCCAAUUAAUUCAUGAAGGAUCCAGUCCACCUAGACCACCACAACAUCCACAAUUUGAUAAAAGUCUUGUAUUGGACAUUGAAGGUCCAGCACCUCAACCUUCCACUUACACUGGAUUAAUGUUACGACGUCCGGAUCCACGUCGGCAAUCAACACAAACUUGGCGGUUUACGGAUGAUGGACGUUUGCGAUGUGCUCAUAAUAAUAUGUGUGUUCAAGCAAAAGAUGGAUUCUUUGGAUUAAGAUCAGGUACUUCUGAAAAUGAAAUUGGAAUUUGGCAAGAGUGGAGUACACCAGUAUUGGGUCUUAUUAAUGACGGAACCGUACAUCAUCGAUUUACUGACGCAGGUGUACCAUUAGAGCAAGCAGUUGGUCGUCAACGUUUACGACCAGGUUCAGGAUUUUUAAAACUUUUAGUUGCAACAGAUGGACCCACUAGAGUUUUAAAAAUUUAUGAUAUCAAAGAGAAACGAAUUUAUGCGAUGCCAGAAGAAAGGGAUUGGGCUAGUAUUGCUAUAACACAAAGACCGAAUCUAGUAUCUGAUCAUACCUUAAAUAAGGAAUCAAGAGAAUAUCAAUGUACUCUAUUAUUGACUGAGGGAAUUGGUAUUAGUGUGGUAUCUAGACGACCUUCGGAAGAAUUACUAUUUGCUCAUUUUAAAGGAAUUGCAUUAGAUUCAGUUUUUACUCCAACGGGAAAAACACUAGAUGUGAGUGUUGCUGAUAUUCAAUGUGAUAAUCAGCUUUUGGAUGCAACAACUACAUCCUUAAUUUAUGUUGCGAAACCGUCACGUACUGAUGAGGAUAAAAUGCGUCAUUUAUUGCCUGCGUUACAUUUUACUGCUGAAAUACAGUCGAGUCCAAAUAUUAAUGCUGUUAUUUUCAAGCAUCUAAUUCUCACACUAAAACCAAUGGCCGUGUACUUAGAAGAAAAAUUAAUUUUGAAAAUAUUUGCUUUUGCUGGUUACAAUAAAUGUGAACAAGAACCACCCGAUACGGAUGAGAGUGAUUUUGAAGCGCAAAGAAUUUUACACGAAGUAACUGCAGCACAUUCGUUGAGAUAUUAUUUCGGAAUAAUCAAAUUAGCACCUAGUAAUAUUCGGUUAAGUGUGAUAACUGCAAGCAAACUUCCACCGCAAUUACAAUCUAUCAAACGAAAAUUAGGUUUAACCCUAAUUAAAUUCGAAGAUGCAUCAGUUGAUUUAGAACCGUUUGUAAAACAACACCCUUUCGAAAGUAGCCAAUUUAUAAUUAAUUCAAUUCUUAAGCAUUUUAAAGAAGAGCUUAAAUGGCAAGCGGCAAAUAUUUUAGGAUCUGUUGACUUUUUGGGCAAUCCUUUAGGCUUUGUCAAUGAUGUUUCUGAGGGUGUGAGUGGUUUGAUUUACGAAGGAUCAGUUGGUGCUCUAGUUAAAAAUGUUACACAUGGUAUUUCAAAUUCGGCCGCUAAGGUUACAGAGUCCUUGUCAGAUGGAUUGGGAAAAGUAACCAUGGAUGAAGAACAUGAAGAGAUGCGUCUACGUAUACGACAUAUUCAUUCUGGUAGUAGUGGGGCGCAUAUUGUAGCGGGUGUAAAAGGUUUAGGUUUCGGUAUACUUGGAGGCGCAACCGGUAUUUUUAAACAAAUUUACGAAGGAGCAUCUAAUGAAGGAGUUCAAGGCGUAUUUUCUGGUAUUGGGAAAGGAUUAGUUGGGGCUGUGACAAAACCUGUGGUUGGUGUUUUAGAUUUAGCAUCAGAAACAGCACGUGCUGUUCGUGAUUCGAGCCGUAGUUCAAGUCGUGCAGCUCCAGAUCGUUAUCGACCUCCGCGAUGCGUUAUUGGACCUGGUGGUUUAUUACCGCUGUACUCCAAAGCCCAAGCAAUUGGACAACAACAUUUGCACACUCUCAACAAUCGUAAUUAUAAUGAAAUACUUGUUGCAUAUGAAAGUUUACAGGGUGCGCCAGAUGAUUUACGAAUAAUUGUAUCAAACGAAUAUGUACGAAUUGUAACAAGUGCUAGAGGUUCAGCAUCCUUAGCGAUUGUGAUCGAAGUACAUCUUAGGGAUUUAAUACAUUGUAUAACAAUAAUGACUAAGGAAGGAGGUCGAAAUGUUUAUUAUAUAGAGUUGGCAAUGAGAGCAAAUACUUCGGGGAGUAGUACAAGUAUUACGGCAUCUUCGCAUGUCGAACCAAUACGAAGACCACGCGUACGAUGUGAUUCGGAAUCAUUAGCGAAUUGGGUUGCCCAGCAGGUUAAUUAUUCGAAAAAUAUGUAUGAUGAAAUUAGACAUACUGUUAUUACCGAUGUUAAUUCGGAAGACUGAAUCGAUUAAACAAUCAGUAGUGAUUAUUGAGUCUGAAUACGAGUAAGAGAUACUGAAAUUCGAGCUUUUUAUGACUAACAUUAUGACAUCUAGUAAUCGAGAAACAAAAGAAUAUCAGGGUACAAUGAUGUCACGAAGAGUAGCUCCUAAUGAAAACAGUAUUACAUGGUGGAAAAAUAAUCUUUUCACAAGCGAAUAUAAAAAAAAUUAUGUAAUAAUGUAGAAUUCUUAAUAAUUAUGAACAUAAUCGAACUCACCCAGUGAAUUUUACUUAAAAAUAAUAUAGACUUGCCAAUUUUAACAAAUAAAUAAAUAAAAAGACAGUAUUAUGUGAUACAUUUAAAAAUAGUUUGAUGUUAAGGAAAAUUAGAAUAUAACUAAAAGGGAAAAUAAAGUACGAAAAAGCUGGUGCAUGCUCUUUAUAAUUAGCCUUGAUUAGUUUUAUAACAUACAAUAUGUAUAUAAAUUAUUUUUUAUAUAAACCAAAAAUGUACCAAAGUAACAAAGGAAGAGUAAAUAACAUU